AUGGCGUUUAUCCACAAACACCGUCGAGAUAUUACCGAUGCGUUCGUUGACGGGUCGGCAGAAAGCCAGUACAAACCAGAUGAUGUUAGCCAUAGUGACAAAAUGAGUUUGACUGAACUCAUGGAUCUCUGGCGUAAACACGAUAAAGGUCCUAUGGAUGAAGAUAUUCAAGAUCAGCAUAUUGAACGAGACUGGGAGGAAAGCGAAUCUGUUAACGCUCCAUCCACGCCGAUCCUCGACAACAGUGAUGGGUACGAUAGAGAGGAUAUUGAUUUGCCAGAGCUCAGGAAGUACCGUCACUCGAUCAUAGAGACCGCUGCAUACAAAUGGCUCUUGACAGACCUAGGCAAACACUGCUUUCUCAUUCCGUCCGACCCUGAUGUGAUGACCGAGAUUAGACAGAAAAUUCUACAGAGCCUACCGACGACGCAGAGAUUUAGCAGAAGGGUGCCAUCUGCUUCAUAUAAAAUGACAUACAAUGUUGAUUGGGACCCACUGUCAUUUUUGAAGGACCAGGGAUACAAGGAAGAGCCUUCUGAGGCCGUCGCAACGGCCAUCACAUUGACAGGCUCUGCCAACACAACUCAGGCACUAACAAGCUCACAGUACCUUGAGCAGACAUGGCCCUCCUCUGCACCACUGGUUCUUGAGAUUAUCCAGCAGGCUCUUAGGAGCCAGCGAGGAGAUCAUGCUACAGGCGAACUUUCCGACGGCACGGAAUUUACAAUAUGGAUUGAGACACCUAACCCGUCUGGAAAAAACACGCUGCUUGUCGAGGUCAUUGGCACUCCCUAUUCAGUUGCUGAAAUAGGAGAGCAAAUGGCCUGGAUUGGUGCCUCCCUUCGCUCGUCACCAUAUCAAGGAGUCGCAUUCAGCCGACCAAUGGUAGACAAUAUUCGCGUCAUUCAAGGAAAGGGCAAGGCUCCAGCAAAAGCUUAUCUUGCAGAGCUGCAAAGCGACAUCGGGUUCCAGGUUUAUUCAAAACAGCCAUCAGAGGCGAACGGCCUGUGCUGGCAUGGCCUAUUCCGGAAUCCCGUGGUUGUAGAGGGCUUUCCAAUUUUACGGCGGCCUGAUGAGAGAACAGUGAGUGGCCUUGAGGUACCGUUAUACAUUAUGGCUGGCCUUGCACAAGCAAGAUACGUGAAUACUUUCAUGGGUAGGGUAUAUGUCAAAGGGUUUUCGACUAUGCUGGUCCCGACUGAGCAGUGUGAUGACAUGACUAUGUGGCAUCUGGUUCACAACAGGAACGGAGAUAGAAUAUCCUACCUAGACAGCCCAGUCAUCCCUACAGAACAAGUAACGAUCCCACAGCUUGAGAAAGCUCGCCAUGUCCUUGGGUGGUGCUCGGAAGCUAAGUACCUCGCGGGAACAUCGGAUAUCAGCUAUCAGAUAGCAGGGUCUCGACUUCCAAAGCCCCGUGAUGAUUGCAUCCUUGACCAAACAUCUGUCUCAAGUGGACAGAUGAUAGUUGGAGGAGUGCCGUUUGCCGUUGGCUACAAAGAUACGCCAUUCCACAUCUCGCGUGGUGGCUACAUCAGGAAGCUCAAAUGGAUUUUCAAAAAGUCGGUAGUGAUUUGGGAUGAGGGAGAAAAGCGGGGAUGGCUGAACAACGGGACAAGCGCCCUGUUGCACCUUGUCUGUGCCUCUCUUGUGCAUGAUAGCAAAGACGAGUUCAGCUCGGAAUUUCUGUUUCGAUGGGAAGAUCUACAGAAAGCACCGGUUCCUUUUUCAAACAAGCCCCACGCUGCCAUUUCCGUGCUUCUGAACCACACCAACCGCAGGCUCAAGAUCUACCCUGAAAAAGACGAUUUCGUCCGUUUUGAAGACCGGGUAGAGCAUUUCUUGAACAUCCUAGAGCAGAUCAUUGACCAUCAGGUGCUCGCGGCAGGGCCGGACGGCAAUCUCUACAAAUCCAAACGUAUCCCUCGGGCGCACCUGGAAGGUUGGGAUUUUCAUGACCUGUCAAGUGACAUCGAUCCUGUUUAUCCGAGGGUUGCAACACUUCCUACAAUGGGCAAGGGAUGGGUUGACUUCGUCCGUUCCAUCCCUGCUAUAACGUUGCUGGGACGCGGGUUCGGGGACUUACUACAGCCUGAAAAUGUUUCCUGUACUCAUUGGGCCUCACUUCCCAGAGACAAGUACUACCUUGCUGCAGGAAUUGCUGACUUGGAAGAAAUAAUGGAUUCAUCCGGAGAUAAGACAAUGUAUCCCAUCAGGUUGACAGAAAAUCUCACGUGGCAUAAUCUUGAGACGGCAUUCGCGCCUUGCGAGUGUGUCAGUGGCCAUGAGAAACAUUUGGACGUUGUCCAGGUGAUUUUACCGCCUACAGUAUUGGAUGAAAGCGGAGUCCCGAGGAGUCCCGUUGAUUUUGAAGAAAGUGGAGCUGUUGUUUUCGGGUAUAACGAGAAUAUUCAAUGGUGCUGGGACGAUCACGGCGACCCGGAAAAGGGCUCACUCGAGUACUUCGAUAACCAAUCCUCGUUCAAGGAGUCGGAUCGUGGAAAUCACCUGACGGUGCUAUCUAGUGAAACCGCAACUGAUAGUGCACAAGUAUCGAGGGCCACAAGUCCAUCAAUGGAGGACCUGGUGGAAGAACCCAGAGAUGUGAUCUCUAAUCGACUCGAACCACUGACUAAAUCUUAUACCAAGUGGAAACUGGAGGGAUUAGUGGCGGAGGACUACUCAAUUGGCAUUGUAUGCGCAUUGCCGUUAGAGCUACUCGCUGUGCGUGCGCUUUUUGACAUGACGCACCCUGACAUCCACGUGGCUGCAGCGGACUCCAAUCACUAUGCGCUGGGUAACAUGGGUAGACACAAAGUGGUAGCUGCAUGCUUGCCAGACGGGGAGUACGGGACCAACUCGGCAGCAGAUGUCGCUUCAAACUUGCGUCGAACAUUCCCAGCGGUCAAAUUCUGUCUGCUCGUGGGAAUAGGCGGCGGCGUUCCCUCUUCGCGGAACGAUAUUCGGCUCGGCGACGUGGUCGUGAGCAAGCCCAUUGGCACGAAUCCCGGUGUGAUGCAGUACGACAUGGGCAAAGCUCUUGAGAACGGAAUUUUCGAGCAGCAAGGGUUCUUGCAACCGCCGCCACGACUGGUCAUGACUGCUCUCAGUAAUCUGAAGUCUGACCCUCACCUCUCGCGGACGCCGCUCCAAGGCUACAUCGAGGAGAUUGCUGCCUGCAGAAGGGAGUACCGAUAUCCGGGGGCAGAACAAGACAGGCUAUUUGUGAGCGAAUUUGCACACGAUCCGCGAUACCCCACCUGCGACCGUUGCAGUCUCUCUCACCAGUGCAGAAGACCAGGACGGCCUGAUACCCACCCACGCAUACACUACGGGCUCAUAGCGUCGGGGAAUCGAGUUGUGAAAGACGCGCGACUGCGGGACCAGUGGAGCCGAGAGAAGAACGUCCUAUGUUUUGAAAUGGAGGCGGCAGGGAUAGUGAAUACUUUGCCGUGUCUGGUUGUGCGUGGGAUCUGUGAUUACUCGGACAGCCACAAAAACAAACGGUUCCAGGAAUACGCAGCUGCGACUGCGGCGUCAUACGCUAAGCUACUGCUAUCCUACAUGAAAGAGACGAACGACCUGGAGGGAAAGGGGGUUUUCAUUCCUGGCAUGGGGAAAUGCGUGAUGUUGAAGUAA